ACUAAAAAUUACACAGUUUUAAACAAGGAGGUUUAUGGAAUAACGAUGAGGGCUAAUAGCUCCAACCUUACCGACAAUAUUUACAUGUACUUUAGACGUAAUGAUAAGGUCAGUACGGCGUCCUGCAGUUCUUGGGAUGGCAAAGGAGAACUUCAUUGGACGACGUCCGACUGUGAGACAGAAAUCGACAACACCACCAUAAAGUGCUCCUGCUCACAUCUGACGUUCUUUGCAGUGCUGAUGUCUCCACCAGAUGCAAGCAACGGCACAGUGCCGGAUCUGGAGUCACUGACUUUAAUCUCUUCUAUCGGCUGCGGCAUCUCCAUGUUUUUUAUGGCCAUUGCUUUAUUCAUGCAUUUCCUGCUACGGAAAGCUGAAUCAAAUCAGGCCACGAAGAUCCUGAUGAACAUGUUUGUGGCUUUGUCUCUACUGAAUGCAUCGUUUUUGUCAAACGAGAGCAUCGCUAACACAGGAGACAACGCUGCGUGUGUCUUCAUAGCGCUGCUCCUGCAUUACUCCAUGCUGGCCUCAUUCACCUGGUUCUUCAUUCAAGCUCUUCAUAUGUACUUAUGGCUCAUCAGACAGAACGUCACUAUCUCAAACUACAUGAGGAAGAUCACCGUGUUGGCCUGGGUGUUUCCUGCUCCAAUAGUCAUAGCUAUUGCUUCUGUAGGAGAAUAUAAAACAGUGGUCAUAAAAUCAACAUCUGGAAAAAUUUCACGAAUGUGCUGGAUUACAAACUCUUACAUUCACUACACGGUGAACAUUGGCUACUAUGCUUUAGUUUUCAUCUUCACGACAGGAAUCUUCAUCAUGAUCGUCACUAAAGUCGUUCAGGCCAGAAACAUAAAAGCAACUAACAGCAAGAGAAAGACGUUCAGAAAGCAUCUGAUGAUGGUGUUGAGUUUGUUCCUGCUCUUCGGUCUGACGUGGUCUGUGGCGUUCUUCAGUAAUGGACCGAUGCUCGUUCCCUCAUAUUACAUAUUCAGUGUGCUGAACUCAUUUCAGGGGUUUUUCCUCUUCCUGUAUUACUACCACAUUCACAAUGACGUCGCGGGUCGUUUCUCUGAUGAUCCAGAAAACACAGACUCCACAACAACCAUCACUCAAUCCAGCAUUAAUGCUGUCGACAAUAUUUAUCACUAGCAUAAUUAAGACUGAACGAUUUCCUUGUCUCAGCCUUUCUUUCUCUCAGCCUAAAAUGACCCUAAAAAAGUUACAUUUUACUGAAAUCACUCAAAACAAAUGAGAAAUAUCUGUUGUUACUAAAAACUUUUUUAUUUUAUUGUGCUUUCAAAUAUUUGAUAUGAUGUGAUAUUACUGUUGUUAGAUUUACUGAGCGUUAUAAUCAUCAUGUGUGAUCACGCUCGUGUCAGAGUGACUCAACACUGAACCUUAUUCAGAAAAAGAUUUACAUCUACAGGAUGACAGUAAUGUCGGCACGCUUGUGGAUUCAGAUAUUUGCAUGAUCAUUUCAUGAAGCAACUUACUAAAAUACACGCACACGGAUGUGAAACAUAUUUGGUUACUGGAAACACAACAAAUACAGUCAUAAUCAGUGAAUCUAUCAGUUGUAUGUUGCUUAUGAUUCUCUGUUAUAUUUCUCAGUGUGUGUUUCUAAUGACGCUAAUAAAACAUAAUUGUAUUAAUCAUGAUGGACUGACUGCAAAGUCAUUUAUUCACUUUAGUUACACUUUUAAAUAGAUGGAUGUCAUUCAUCAGGUCACAAAAUAUCAAAG